AUGGGAAAGUCACCUGUGCGCACAGGCGGCGGCCACGCCGCGGCAAAGGUGGUGCUGCCUGCUGUGGCGAUCGCAAUCGGCGUUCAUUCCGGUCCCGCCGUGCUGGCGACGCUCUGCGCCGGCUUCCUGUGGAACUUGCUGUACGUCCGAUACUUCGCCCCGCUGUACGAUCGCAAGGCGCGGCUCAAGUUUGUGGCGCUCUCGUGGUGCCGAGACAUCAUAGUGGUUGCCGUGCGGUACUUCAUCGUCUGUAACGGCCACCACGGCUCGCCGCUAGCCUGGCUCUUCCUGCUGCCACUCGGCGUCUUCGAGACGCACACGACGCAGUGGCUCGCCGACUGGUACGAGCGGCGGCCGAUGAAGCACAUCACCGCCCACCAGGCGGCCCUGUCCGAGUCGGCUGUCAGGCUCUGA